AAGAGACGAUGUCUGAUAUUUAAUUGGUCCGAGAUCCCAGUUCCCAUCCCCUUCGCCCUAGGUGUCUGUUUGGGGGAUUUGGAUAAAGAGGAAAUGAUGUGGUAAUGAGGGCUUGUUAAUUACAGUCUGGGACCGAGCAGUGUGAGAGAUUGUCGCUUUAUAGGGCGGAGAAGGAGAAAAACAAUGCAGUGAAACCCCAUCGGAGGCUGGGCACGCCAGCUUUUCAAUUCUCUACUCAAGGAGGAACGCAGUGAUUGCGAUAACCCCUCCCAAACUGGAAACUGUAAGAGCAAUGCCGGCUGAAUUUGGUUGAUUAAAAUCGCAGCGGCAAUGUUUUAGGCGGCUGUCUGGUUCGUCAUCCAAAGGCCAGUUUAGUGGUUUAACACUGUUUUCGGUUGUGGCAAAGCUCGGUUGGAGAUUUCCAUUAAUGUCGGCCUCUUCCGAAUAGGAGAAUCUGACUUCGCAAGAGCGAGCUGUUGUAAAGCGAACUUUCAAGAAACGGGGGCCACGUGUAUCAAAAGGGAGUUGAUGCUCACACAGAGGGCGGCAGCUGUGGUCGUUGGACCUUUAUGAUCCCAGUACCAGGACAUUCGCACCAUUGACGUUUUACGAUGGCUACUGGUACAAUCAUUCUUCCGGUAUUGAUGACAUUGGCCUUUCCAAGUGCUUGGUGUAAAGAUAAGAAAUCGAAGCUGAAGACCAGUCACUAUAAAUGUGUGUGUGAAGGGAUGUCCUGUGGAGGAGAAGACCAGUGCGUUGGACAGCAGUGCUUUGCUUCACUGAGCAUAAAUGAUGGGUACCCUGUUUAUCAAAAAGGUUGCUUCGAAGUCUAUGAGCAGAGUAAGCUGACAUGCAAAACUCCACCAUCAGCAGAUCAAACAGUUGUGUGUUGCCAGGGCUAUUUGUGUAAUAUGAACAUUACAGCUCAACUGCAGUCAAAAGAAGCACCAGUGGGCUAUAGUGCAAGAACUCUGACAAUUGUUAUUGUUGCUCCAGUAAUUGUGUUAAUUGUCAUCACUAUGGUGACAGUGAUAAUAUUGCGGAAGCUCCAUCAAAAUCAAAUGCAAAGGCUGAAUGCUCGAGAAGCUGAGUAUGGUGCCAUCGAUGGACUGAUUGCUUCAAAUGUUGGCGACAGCACGCUAGCUGAUCUGCUGGAUCACUCCUGCACAUCGGGCAGUGGAUCAGGGCUUCCCUUCUUCAUACAGAGAACAGUGGCUCGGCAGAUCACCCUGGUAGAAUGUGUAGGUAAAGGACGUUUUGGAGAGGUUUGGCGAGGUCUGUGGCAAGGAGAAAAUGUUGCAGUGAAAAUAUUUUCUUCCAGAGAUGAAAAAUCCUGGUUCAGAGAGACUGAGAUCUAUAACAGUGUACUCUUGAGAAAUGAGAACAUUUUGGGCUUUAUUGCGUCUGACAUGACAUCGAGAAAUUCCAGCACACAACUGUGGCUAAUUACACAUUACCAUAAACUGGGAUCUCUUUAUGACCACCUGCAGCACAAUGCAUUGGAUACCGCUGGCUGUUUGAGGAUAUCCUUGUCCAUCGUUAGUGGUCUAACACAUUUGCACACAGAAAUAAUUGGGACACAAGGAAAAGUCGCCAUUGCACAUCGAGAUCUUAAAAGCAAAAAUAUCCUUGUUAAGGAGAAUGGACAAUGCUGCAUUGCAGACUUGGGUCUUGCUGUGAUGCAUUCCCAAUGCACUAACCUUUUAGAUGUGGGUAAUAAUCCCAGGGUAGGCACUAAGCGAUAUAUGGCUCCUGAAGUAUUGGAUGAAUCAAUGCAGGUGAACCUCUUUGACUCUUAUAGGAGAGUUGACAUCUGGGCCUUUGGUCUCGUUCUAUGGGAAGUAGCAAGGAGGACAGUGAGCAAUGGAAUUGUAGAAGAGUAUAACCCUCCAUUUUAUGAUCUUGUUCCUAACGAUCCUGGUUUUGAUGAUAUGAAAAAGGUAAUUUGUGUUGAUCAGCAAAGACCAAAUAUACCGAACAGAUGGUUUUCAGACCCAACAUUAACCUCACUUGCAAAGGUGAUGAAAGAAUGCUGGUAUCAAAAUCCAUCUGCAAGACUCACUGCACUCCGGAUCAGGAAAACUCUGUCCAAAAUUGACAACUCAUUUGAUAAGUUUAAAAUGGACUGCUGAGUUUCGAAUUCUAUAUAGACUCACUGAUAGGCACGUUUUCAUGUACAAAAGGAUACUGUGGACAAAAGAGAAAUAACUAUGUAGAUCCUGGGUUGCAGCUUUCUAAGACACAAAUCAAUUUGGUAUAAAAUAGAACAAAAAAUGUUGGCAAUGAGCAGCUUAUCAGACUGAGUUGAAGAUAAGGUGAACAUUCUUAGUGUAUGUAGUUGCCAGAACUCGUUUUUCUAACCACAUGUGCAUACUCGAAGUCUUUUCCUUGGGAUAAAGAUAACUUUGCAUCAGUAACAACAUUUAUAAAACUAUGUGGAAACCAACAUAUUACUUGAGCAGCUGAUGAGGAACCAGAAAGAAAGAAUAAUUCCUAUAAAAACAUACAGGCAAUGAAAAGUAUACCCACUGCUGCAAAAUAAUAGUUUCUUUGUGGCUUAAUAUUUAUAUCCCAUAUGCUGUAUUUCCUUUCUAUUAGUUUGCACUGGAAAAUUUUGCUUUCCAAUGCAUUAUAGAUUUAAAUGCAUAAAACAACACAAGCCAAAUUUUAUGAUUUGACUCAUAAUUAUAUAUUUUAGAGUAUUGAGCUGUAAUUAAUUGCUCUAUUGGUAUAAACAAUUUGCACUGAUGUUAACCCAAAUAUUUUCAGACCCAAGUAGUUCACAACUGCCUUUGCAAAUUUUCCUAUUUAUUGCAGUGUCACUACUAAUAUGUUUUACAUAAUUGUGAACUGAUACAGCAGCUUCAUUUUCUUGUGUAGAUUAUUGCCUGAACUCUACUUUGCAAUGUUUAUAUUUGGAAAUGUUCUGCCAGCAAUUCACAUUAUAACCUAUAUAAAUUUUGUCCAUAAUGUAAAUGCUGUCACAAGCAAAAAAAAAUAAUUUAAGUGCACUAAACUUGAGCUUUUAUAUCAAUGAAUUUUUUGGGCGCUUUGUGGUACAGGGUGUUUUUUUGGUAAGAUUUCAGUUGUAAAUUUUACCAGAGUGUUAACUACUGUAUUUUGUUUUAUCUAAAUUUUAUACUAUAGCUCUCAUUUGUAUAAUUCAAAUAGAAUAUUUACAAAUGCAUUCAUGUACUGUUUGUGUUCACUUACGUUACUGAUUUGCAUAGCAUUUUUGGAACGUUUUUAAUUUUUAUGCUCUGCUCCAUGUUGACAGCUAAUUGGAACUGGGAGGGUAGCCUCUGUUGAUUUUGUUUUUGCCUGUAAAACAUGAUUUAGGACAGCUUGAAUUAAUUUUCUUCCUUUUUAAAAUAAUUUUCCCAUUCAUUCCAGGAGAAAGAAAAAUCACAUCAUAAAGGCUUUGACUCAUUUUUUUUCCCUGCUUUUUGAUCUGGUAUUAUGAAAUCCCACUUUGCUUAACCCCAAAUUUCUAUUUUCAAAAAUCAACUGUCUCUUUCUGUUACAGCCAUAUUUGUAUUUAUCUUAGAUAAAGCAAUUAACCAUAUAAUUAUAUAACAAUUACAGCAUGGAAACUGCCAAGGACCAUUAAACUUGCCAUUUUAGUCCAGAGUUCCUCAAUGUUUAAUAACUGCUAAUGCACUAGGAUGUUUUAAACAAGUUGGGAACUUGUUUGAUCCCUUAAUGCCACUCUAGAGAUACAUUCCAUGUUGUAUUGGAGGAAGGACUAUUGAAGGCAGAGCGGUGGUCAUUAAAUAAGAGUCUGGCAUUGCUGUCUUUGAUUUUCUAAUGUUCCUGUGAUGAGUGUAGGGCUACAGAAAUUAAUUUCUGCCACGGAUCUGCAAAUCUUCCCAAUGACUUGGCCUCCAUAGCUAUCUAUAGCAGUGAAUUCUGCAAAUUCACCACUCAGGUUAAAGAAAUUCCUCCUUAUAUCUGUUCUAAAGCCAUGUCCUAUUCUGAGGCUGUGGAUUCUCCCCCACUAUAGGGACCAUUUUCUCCAUGUCUAUUCUAUCUAGUCAUUUCAAUAUUCAAUAAGUUUCAAUGAGAUUCCCUCUUCAUUCUUCUAAACCCCAGUGAGUAUCUUGGAGGCUGGAGUUGAUAUAAUAUGACCAGCCCCUCGAAGCGUUCCAUGUUGGUGGAUGCCAGAGCCAUCAGGCAACAGUCAAUUUGGCACAUUAUCCUGUUUUUCUUUGCUGGGAUGAUGGUGGUCUUGAAGCAGGUGGAAAAUUUUAAUUACGGUAGGGAGCAGUUAAGUAUAUCAGAAACCUUCUGCCAGCUGAUUUCUGCAGGAUCUGAGAGCACAGCCAGGGACUCCAUCCAGACCAGAUGCCUUCUAUGGGCUUGCUGAUCUGACAUUUGGAAUGGUGAAUGGGGGUACAGGUAUGUCAGAGGCUGUCAGGGCAGGUGUUGUCAUUUCAUUGCCCAUCUGUUUAAAGUGAGGGAGUAGAGGCACUGAUGGGCUUUCUUGGCCAGAGAAAGCAUUGAGCUCAUCAGGGAGCGAUGCACUGUUGCCAGUGAAAUUGCCUGACAUUGUUUGGUAGCUUGUUAUAGCAGGUAAGCCUUGCCACAAUUGACAGCUGGUCUUGUGCAGUCUCUUGGCAUUUUGAUUGCUUUAUGUAGGUCAUACCUGGAUUAACUGUGCAGGUCAGGGUCACCCAAUUUAAACACUGCAGACUUGAACUUAAAUGGGGAGUGAAUCAUGUUGGUGUCUGGUUGCAGAGCACCCAGAUUCACCUCUUUGUUAUACAGUCCUUGAGAAGCUGAUUAAGUCUGUGAUGACGGUGACAUACUCAUUUUCUUUGGCCACUUGGAUCUUGAAUGUGGAUCGGUCUUCAGACUCAAAGCAGUUACAAAAAGCUCCAUUAUUUCCUCAAACCAGCAUUUUGACUUUGUUUCUGUUGGCAAGUAGGGAGAAGAAACAUAAUGUGGUGGACUGAUUUUUCUAAAUUGCAGGCAGGAGGUGGAUUGGUAGACACCUUAAAUGGUUUUGUGGCAGUAGCUGAGGGAAUUUGGACUCUGGCAUUUUGGUAGCACACUCUUGAGGCUGGCCUGGUUGAGGGUACUGGCAAUGAUGAACUAGACUUCAACAUGUACUGUUUCAAAGCUGUUGAUCAUGAGGCAUGUUUCAUUGAGAGCAGGCUUCAAGUCCACCAGGAGCGAGCUUUUGACUGCCAUCACGAUAGCCAAAGUGGAUUUAAAUGGCAGGUUACUGUGGUGGCACCUCACAGUUGAAUAUUCUGUCUGCUGAGCAGGAAUUCACCAGGACCAUCACUUCCAGGCACUGUGAGGAGCUGUUUGGAAAGCAGACCCCUUUACCCCCUUACUUUGCUUGAGGAUGCGGUACGGCCGAUCUGUUGAAUAACCAUUGGGUUACGUGGUACAAUCCGGUGAAGCAGGUGUGAACCACGUCUCCGUAAGACAGAGCACACAGUAGUUCCCAAUAUUCUAGCCACAAAAGGGAAGAUAAUUAUGGGAUCUGGGAAAAUUUUAAUUAAUAAUUUACAGAUCAAACAUCUUCUUGCAUUAUCUGAACCCCUAGUUGUCUACUAUGUUUAAUAGUAGUUCCAUUUAUUUGGUCUUUCUUUUGGACUCUGCCUUUGAGAUGGUUUUGAUUUCUAAGUAUUGCAUUUCAUUUUCCAGGAAGGACAACUAGUUUCUCCCAUCCUUUCCAUUUGAUUCAUUCAAUUUCAUCAAAAUCUAAUAAAUUAUAUCUUCUGAACUCUG